UAUACAGCUGCGGGAGCAGAGCUGGACUGGACUGGACUACACAGCACAAAGGAGAGGAGAGGCGAGCGAGAGAGGAGGGCUCCAAAAGUCUUCAGACGUCGUCGUCGUCUCUCAAGUCGUCUGACUCAACUUUUCCCUCCAUCUGCACACAAAGCCAGGGAAUUACCCUUAUUCUGAGGAAUGACAGCUUGAGCCCAGAUGAGCAGCACUGAAUACGAGGGCAUGUUAGAAGCCAAGCCACACAGCUGGGUCUGGGAAAGAAGCUCCUCAUAAGGACACCAUGCACCUCUCUGCGGUCCUCUGCUGGGUCAGUUUGACCAUCACAUUAUACUGCAGCUGCCAGGUCAAGGCCACCCCUCUGGCCUUCAACAUCUCCGUAGAGGGCAGUGGCGAGGCAGACGAGAUCGAGCUGAUCCCCACGUCGGCCCGCGGCGCCCGCAUCCCUCCCCUGGCCGCCCCCACCGUCGGAGCGGCGCUCGACAAGACCCAGGUGGAGCCCUUCCACGUGGGCCAGGUGGUGGACUUCCUGCGGAAGAACCUCUUCCCCAUCCUGGUCAUCUCCUCGCUGCUGGUCCUCGUGCUGGUCAUCGUCAGCUGCGCGUCCAUCCUCAGCCACAAGCGCAAGGUGAGCGCCUACUACCCCUGCUCCUACCCCAGCAAGAUGUACGUGGACCAGCAGGACAAGUCCGGCGGCGCCAAGGUCUUCAGCGAGGUCCCGGAGAAGGAGGCCGGCGGCGGCCAGCAGGGGGAGCCGGCGAGGGACUCGGCCAGGCGGCUGCAGGAGGACAUCCUGAUGAUCGCCAAGAACCUCCGCAGCCCCUCCAAAGGCGUGCGAGUGGACAAGGAGGUCAAGGGGGGGUCUGCGCCGAAGCUGGACGAGGCCGACAAAAGAAGCGGCAAAAACGAGGACGCAACCCCAGUCGCUGCUUCAACAAGCCCGUCGGGACAAGAGACCAACGCGAGCCAACCAGCGAGUGACGUGCCUCAGAAGGAGGAAGAGGACAGUACCGUCGAUCAGCCCCCAGCUCUUUCACCCGAAACUAACACAGGAAAAGCAGAGGAGGCCCCAGAGGAGGAAGGGCUUCCUAAAGAGGGUGACAGUUCACCUGGACCGCAAAGCUCCGAGGGCCCACAGGAAACGGAGGAGACACAGGAAACGGACUCUCCAGCCACGGCCCUCCUCGCUGGAGAGAAAACAGCCUUCUAAAGCAACAAAAACAGACUCUGUUUACUAUCUACGGGGAAGUGAGCGAGCCGAGCCUCCAUGGGCAGUGUGAAAACAUGGACUUUGCGUCGAGGCGGGCGUAAGCCUCCAGCCUUUGAGGGGGGAAAAUGUAAAUCCUUUUCUACACGUGUGCUGCAAGUGUGGGUCAGCAAAGCCUAAAGCGGCUGUGACAGAGUAAGAAGGAAUCAAGCCAGGCUGAUGAACGUAGAAUGUCACAAAACAGACUUUGACUUUGACACACACAGACUUUGACUUUGUACAUUAAAAAAAUGAAUAAAAUAACUGACAUCUCACCAAAAAAUGUGAGGAAGAACGUGUUACAUUUCACAUUAUAUGGUGAAAUUACAAAUAUGGGUUAAAGUGGGGGUGGGUGAGGAUUGUGAUGGAUAAGAUAGCUUCCCUUCUUGUUGUCCGUUAAGUUUCUAGUGGAAAAAACACUCACACUUAAGUGCAAGGGUGAUGGGGCUGUUUGUGUGUGUGUGUGUGUGUGUGUGUGUGUGUGUGUGGAGGGAGGGAAUGUUCAAGUCUGUCUCCUGGUCUGACCGUUGGCUGCCUCUGGCCCUUGUGAGGAUCUUGUCAUAUCAUAAAUCAGGAGCACAGCCGUCAGAAUGGCACACAAGCAAAGCACCUAAUUAGGUCAUGCCUGAUUCCCCAUCCAAAACAGAAAUGAAAGCAGAUAUGACGUGGGGGAAACCAGACCUAGCACAGGACAGACUGAGUAAUCCCAACUAUUCCUAUGUCACAAAUGCCAUACAAUUUAGCAUAGCCAUCUGCUGUAUCUCUGCAUUGCUUUCUUACAACGCAUUAUAGACGACGGGGUUAUUUGAAUUCUUCCGUUAGUCCUUGCUGACUAUAUCUAUUAUGAAGCAUUCUUCAUAAGAAGGUGCAAAGUAGAAUAUUCUACACUAAUGAGAACCAGAUGACCCCAAACCAGAUUCUACAUGCCUUAAAACCUGACACUUGCCAUAAACUGGGCUCUGCUUUUACAAAGAACAUUUAAGAGGAUUUGUUCAGAACACAAUCAUAUUCACUGAGCGACAAUGAAGAGCCUGUGUCCACCAGCAUAGUCUAUAUUUGCCAUUUUGUUUGUUUUUGUUCACUUUCUAUUUAUCCUUUUUAUUUAAGCCUAUUCAGAAGGUACUGCCAAUGAUCACUAUAUUUCAAACAAAUAAAAGUUUUGGACAACAAUACAAAAGAUGCAUCCUUCUCUCCUUAUCAUUCCAAAAGAUGAAGCAAGAU